AUGACCGUUGGUAUCACAGAGUUGUUGGACCUCGCUAUCAGUCCGCAGAUCGGACCCGUAAAUUUCUUUCAUUUGCGGAAUCUGUUACACACCAUUGUGGAACACUUUGGCAUUGGCGAAGUAGAAGCGCAGCAGGCAGAAGUUAGGGGACCAAUGUCAUUAAGAUCUUCCUCUGAAGCUUCCAGCAGUGUUGAGAGUUCUUCAGAGAGCGACGAGGAUGAAGAAAGUGAGGAAUCUGCGGAUGAUGGCCAUGUGAGCGAAGAAGAGGUGAUACAGACUGUAAUAGACGAGGAUGGUCAAGAGAAGACUGUAACAGUGAUGGUAAAGAAGCCACCUAAACCAAAAAAGAAACAAUCGGAAGUCGGCGAGAAAGACGGAAAUGAAAAGGAAGGACAAGAAAAAAAGAAGCGAAGGGAAUCGAAACACAGUAAGGACAAAGACAGCUCCAGGGAGAAGGAAAGGAAGCAUUCAAAACACGAAAAGGAAGGCGACGAGAAGGAUGACAAGAAGAAGAAACGAGAUAGAAAGAGUUCUUAUGGAGGUGACUCCGUGUACGGCAAAAAGGACGACACGAAGAAGGAGCGAAGAAUGACAAUGGAUUCACUUUCUGAGACGCCCGAGUUGAUUAACAUCAAUCGACGACUUGAGGCAGCCGAGAUGGGAAUCAAGAGCUUAAGAAAUAUCAUCGACUCCAUGGUGAAUCAAGUCGAUUUUGGUGAUGAGGUCGGAGGAAUCCUGAAGGCCCAACUUGAUCAGGUUCAACAGCAGCUCAACAAGGUCGAACUUCUUCCUGAAGGUGAAGCUCCAAAGAAGGAGAAGAAACGAAAAGGAUCCAAAGCUAAAGGUCCCCAGGACGUACCCAAGGAUGGGAUCAUUACUGAGGGAUCUCAGCCAGCUCCAGGUGUGGGUGAAGAUCAUGCCCAGCCCACGAACGUGAUUCCUGUUAUCCCGCCCCCGGGCCAAAUAUCACAGGAUAUGCCUAAGCUACAACCUGGUCGUCUGCCUUCGAGGAAGGAUGAAAAGCGCAAGAUAAGUUUGCCAAUGAAGGGCGGUAAGCGACCCCCCAGUCAGGAAGAUAAGACUCCACUACAAAGGCGCACCACCAUAGAGGAUUUGAAACUGCGGCGGAAAGCCCGCGAGGAGGGUGUAACUAUAGAGGAAAUAGAGGCACGAGAGGCUGCGCAAGAAACUAAGAAAGAAGAGAAAAGCAAAGCAAAAGAAAAAGAGAAAGGAAAGGAGGACGAGAAAGAGAAGGCGGAUAAGAAGAAGGGCGAGGAUAGCUCUGAUGAUGAGUUACUCGACUCUGAGGAAGAAAGAGAAGCAAUGGAAGAAAUGAUCAUGGAGGAGAUUGAAGCGGCAUUGGAGAACACGGAUGAUCCAGAAGCUCAAGCUUAUGCCUUGAGGCUCAGCAUUGAGCAGAUGAAUAAUAUGAAGAAAAGCUUUAUGCAAUCACAGGAAGAGUUCAAGAAAGACAUGGAAAAGAAUAAGAGAGCUAUUGAGCUAAUUUCGAAGGAUUUGGCUGCCUUCCGCGCGUCGAGAAAAGCUCAGGAUGCUGAAGGCUUCAACGCAGUACAUCACGUGCACAGUAUGGUACUUGAACUGCAAGCCAAACAUGAAAAGUUGGUCCAGACCACCGCAGAGCUCGUGAACGAGUACAACAGGCGUGAAAAGAGCCUGGAGGAGCUGUUUGAUUCAGUUGAUAGACUGGACCAGAAGAAGGCUGAUAAACAGCAUGUCAGUCAGGAAAUUGGCAUAAAGGCGGACAAAGGAGACUUAGAGUCGAAAGUGAGUGUGAACCAAUUUGACGAGAGCUUUAACCUGCUGGACCGCGGGCUCAGUGAUGCCCUAGAGAAAAUGGAAAGCCAAAUGAGCAUUGAAGACGCAUUAAGAGAAACUUUACAAGAAUUACAAAGCAAGAUGCACCUUAAACUCGACAGACAAGAGCUGGAUUCACUUCGAGACCAACUGGAAUCACGCAUCAGACAAGUGCAAGUUGUACGAGCCACCGUUAAGGAAAAACCUGAGGAUUGCGAGCCGGCUGGCUUUAGGAGGACCAAGCCGGAGAAAGUUCACUGUAUUUCGUGUGAUCGGCCUUUGGAACUCAACCCAGGAGAGAUUGGGCCUAACAUGCCAAAGAUGCAAAGCCUGCCCGGACAGAAGUCUUCUAAACCGUACACGACGUUUGAACUGGAGCACAUCCGACUGCACCAGAAGAUGAACAUCGCCAAGAAGCCACCGGUUAUCGGCGCCGACCUCGGUUACCAGGCGCAGAAGCUCAAGAAUGAGGUGGUGGCCAUGACAGGUCUUGUGGAUCUGAUAGAGCUUCCUCCCUCCCAACGGUACUGCGGAGGCUCACACACCAUCAUGCAUCCAUACAGGCGCUCCUUCAAAACAACGGGCUCUCAUCUCAGCCAGUAUGUGGUUAUACGUGAAGAUAGUGACGCUGCUGUCGCGCUACCACGCAAAGAUUUCAUCGUACCACGUGACAAUAGCCUAAAGCGCUGCAUGAAAACUAAGCUUCCUGCAAUAGGACAGAACAACACAAGGGAACCCUCCCCUCCCCCAGAAUACAUCGCCGAAUUCAGUGAGCGGCCGCUAAGUGCCCCGGCCACCCCUUCAGUGGGUCAUAGACGAAAACUGAGCUCGCCUCAGGCUCUCAAGGAAACAUCGAAUUCUCCACCUCAAAACGAGGCUGAAUCGCCAGCGGGGUCACCCGUCCAAAUGGAGAAGAUAUCGGUAACCAUCCCUUCCCCAACUGACGAAGAAGAAUAG